AUGUUGUUCGAUCAACAACUGGAAUUCAAGAGGCUUACUAUUUGUCCUAAAGGAGAAAAGGAUGAAAACUUGUACUGGAACCAGAUAUCCAAUAAACUUGGACUGGUAGAUGAUCUUAGAAUCAUGUCCGUUGCUAAUCCUGGUUUCAUCCCAGUUUUUACUUCAUCGCCACAGGAAAUUAAUAUCUUCGGUUCCGAUUGGUUUACUCUGGAAUAUCUUUUGGCGUGCACUUCCACUACAAUUAGACUCGAAGGAUCUCAUUUCUGUAACAAGGAUUUGGAUGUGAUUCUUAGAAAGUGGAAGGCUGGAGGGUUUUCGAAUCUAGAAUAUCUGUGGAUCCGUAGUCAAAAUAUUACAAAUAAUGGAACGAAAGUUUUGGAAAUGAAUUUGAUGGAUUUAGUCGGGAAUGUAAUCCAAACUGAGGAUGGAUCAAAGACGGCUACUAUUAACUUGUCUUUAGGAGGUAUCGAAGUAUCUGUAACACCAUUUGAAUAA